AUAUAUAUAAAUCUGAAGGGUGACGCAGCAGAGGGAAAAUAAGCCUGGAAACGAUGGAAGAUGAUGACGCAGCGAUUGAGGUGAGGAACCAUGUUUCCCCAGAGCCAGAGGUGGAGGAUUCCAGUUGCUGUUGCCCAAUUUGCUUGGGACCAUUCCUUCAACUUUCCUACCUCGACAAAUGUUUUCAUAAGUUUUGCUUCAAUUGCAUUUUACGCUGGACCAAGGUGGUUGCUAGCAAGCACCGUUCUCCACCUUCUUCUGUAAAAUGCCCCCUCUGUAAGACCGAAAAUUUUUCUAUCAUAUAUGUAGUUGAUGGGAGUUGUUUUCAACGUCAUUAUGUAAAUCAAGAUUUUGAGAAUAGUUUUAUCUUAUCAAGAGCUCACAGAUAUAGAGUACAAUGCUAUUACACUGAACAAGGUUUUGUAGAUGACAUAUUCAAUAUAUCACAAUAUUGGAGAUCUCAAAAGUACUAUCAGCCAAACUGCUGGCUUCAAAGUUGGUUAAGAAGAGAAAUUCAAGCUCUUAUCCAGGAGGAGGAUGUUGACAUCAUUGUGCACCAUAUCCUUGCUGUGGUCAAAGCAGCAUUAUGGACUAGGAGAGAGCAGAAGUCACACAUGAAUGCACCUGAAAAGAAACAGGAGGAGUUCAAGAUGCCAGUCUCUGAAGCCGCAAGGCCUUUUCUGGCAGCAAGAACGGACAGAUUUAUAUAUGAGAUUCAACUAUUUCUUGCUUCAGGAAUGAAUAUUGAAGCUUAUGAUGCUGUUUACAUACAACGGUUAGGUUGGAGCUCACCUGGGGUAAACACUGAGGUUUCUCAAAGUGAAUUAGUUGAUCGUGCAACUGUGAUUCCAUACCUGUACCUAUUUGAUGGUGACUUUGAUGAAAAUGAGUAAAUUCUUUGUGCUGGUUUUCUCAUGUAUUUGCUUUAAUUGCUACCCGAGUAGCAUUGGAGAAAUUUCUUCACACAUCAAUGAGUGCUAUUGAUCCUUUCCGGUUACUGCAGAAGGUGCAAAUUCUCCACCCAAGGGUGUAAAGUUGUUUAACAUAUGUUUGUUUGUUUUUAAAAUAAUUUCAUGGUCUAGAUUUUAUGCAAUUGUGACAACACGGCAGAGGAUCCUUUUCAACGUUAAUAGCCUGAUUAUUUAAGCUCUUA